AACAGCGUAGAAAGGAAAGAAGACUUUAUUGUUGAUCUGAGAUUGUAUUUCAGAGAAUUUCGUCUGGCAAUUGUUGUUUGCAAACGUUAAUAUGGAUUUUCGUAGAAUUUUACUUUUACGAUAUGAAUAGAUUAGAAAAGUUAUAUAAACUCCGGCAAUUAAUUGAGCCGUAAUAGUUUAGUAAUUCCAAUCGCAAAACACGGACAUUCGUCACAGACAUGUUUGCAUAUACGGGGAAUCCGAGUUUUCUGACCAUUUUGCACAACUACAUUUCAAUACUUAUGGACAAGUACUUCAGGCUAUAUGAAAAAGUUUCCAAUAAAUUAGUUGCCGACAGAAGUGUGAACGAAACAAAAGGUGCAAAUGGUGUAAACAUACUGCGAAAAAAGGAUUACGAAACUUAUCAAGCCAUCAAAUAUGGCUCUGGAAUCAAAUCAGCCUCCAUGACUGGUUCCACAGUGAUGCUUAUUGAUCUCGAUCUCGUCAAACUGGUGAAUCAGAAAGAUUUCGCCAAUUUCCCCGAUCGCCAUCCACCAUCCUAUCAUUCAGAUCCGUCGAUGAAUAAGAUGCUCAGCUUUGCGACCGGCGAUGAAUGGAAACGAUUAAAAUCAAUUUUGACACAGGCAUUUUCCGCCAGCCGAAUACGUAGAGUUAAUGAAGGUUUGCAUAAAACUGCAAUGAAGCUAUGCGAUUUCAUUAGGUUUCAAUUGAACGAGCCUGUCACCGAGGGGUCUCAACAAUUGGAAAUUGUUAGUCCGAUUAACAAGUACCUACUGGAACUAAUCGCUUGCUCAGUAUUUGGCCUGGAAAAUACCGAAAUAUUUGUAUCUAACGACAGUCCAUUCGAAAUAUAUACGAAACAAGUGCAACGAGCGAUGAUUCGACAUCGACAAGCCAGACAGUAUCCGGGACUCGUCCAGCUAGCUAAAUUAUUUAAUUUGUUUCGUCCGAGUGCGGAGGCCUUGCGGUUCUUCGAAGAAACGAUCCACCGUUCAAUCGACAAAAGAAUGGAAAGAGGCGAAACGGGAGAUGAUUUGCUGCAACUGUUGAUGGAGGCGACAUCGCCAGAUUCGAAACACAACGAUGGAAAAUUAUCGACCGACAUGAUCCUGUCUCAAGCAUUAAUGUUCUUCUUCGCCGGAACGGAAGGUCCUGCUACACUUCUAGUUUACGGACUAUAUGAGCUAGCAAAAAAUCCAGAUGUGCAGCAAAGACUUUAUGAUGAAAUUGCUCCUGUAAUGGAAAUGGACAAUUGUAUAGACGACGUGACAUUGACGAAGCUUGAAUAUUUGGAUAUGUUCGUGUGCGAGGUGUUGAGAAUGUAUUCGUCCAGUGUCAUUGCUCGACGAUGUCAAUCAAAAUACCAAUUGCCCGGCACUGAUAUCGUAAUACAGCCAGGCACCAAUGUACACACUCCCAUUUAUGGAAUUCAUCACGACGAAGAGUACUAUCCCAAUCCAUUCAGUUUCAAUCCCGAUAAUUUCACAGAAGAAGCCAAACGAAAACGUCCGUCCGGUGCUUAUUUAACCUUUGGAACUGGUCCGAGAGCAUGUAUUGCGCAAAAAUUCGGAUUGAUUCAGGGAAAAUCGGCCAUUUGCCAUUUAGUUUACAAUUUUCAUGUGAAGACCUGUUCGAGGACGGAAAGUCCGCCUAAGGGAUCCAUUGAAUCCAUGUUUCUGCCGAUCAAUGGACUCUGGUUGACAAUGGACGAUCGUAAGAAUAAAAUUUAAUUUUCCCCAACUUUUA